CAGCUCAUGUUUGUUGGAUCCAUGUCAAUCAUUGGUAAGAAUGUAACAGAAGAUUUUCCGGGAUGGCUUCCUUUGCUUAUAGUCUGCAUUAAUCCAGACCAAUUUGGCUUGGGGGAUCGAAUUGGCCAAACUAAACUGCAGAGAAAGUCUAACUUCCAAGUUUUAUUGACGUUACAAAGACAUGGCAGUUUCUCAUAAACCAAAGGCACUUUAACAUCAUUAGCCGUCUUGUAAUAGUGAAUAUCAAUCUUUCCAAUAUUUGCUAUCUCUGCAGCUGUGGUGGAACACCUCGGUAUUGGAGAAUCUGGAUGCUUGGCCGGAGUAACAGCAGCUAUUAUCCCCAUACCAUGAAAAGUGUUCUGUCCGUCCAACGUACAGACAUUGUGGUCUACAUUAUCUGCUACAUAUUGUACAAAGUGACCAGGGUUAAACCAGGAAUAUCUGUGCCUUUUGUUUUGCGCACUCAUUUCAAAUUUCUUAACUUCAGUGUAAGAGGAGCAAAACUCAUGACUAUUCAAGGAAUCAAUUAAAAAUUUGGAUCCAUAAUGGUGGUGCAUUUGGACUGCCAGGCCGAUUUGAAGAGGAGCUAUCAGGACCCUGGGCGAGCGGCUUGAAUAAUGGCUUGCCCUAUGGAAGCAAUCUUUUCGCUCUGCACUCUUUUCGUUAAAUAUUGUUCUCAGAAACAAAUACAACGUUUCAGGUAGAAAAGCGCAGUUUUCAUCCAAAGACGAAAUCUCUCCAGGUAAUGGAUAAAAACUUUUAGAGAUGUCCUUACUUUUGAUGUCCGUUUUUAUGAGAUCAGCAGCUGCCUUAAUCAAUCUGAUUUUAUCGGCUUCAGGGUCAGCAUCUCUUGAAGCGUCAUAAAAAUUUUGCAAGAUGGUCGAAGCUGUACUCCUAAAUGUUACGACAUCAGCCUUACCAUUGAUACUAGCAAUAACGAUGUUUUCUCCAAAAUGCUCUUUAAGUUUUUCUUUCAUAUACCGUGCGCUGUAAGGUUCUUGGUCGUUGAAUUCUGCCAUCUUAUUCAUAAGAUCGUUCACAGUUAUCUGCUCGUCAUCGUUUUCCUUAAGAUAUUUUGCAACCUCCAAGAAUGCCUCUUGCCUAGACUUAUCAGUUGGUCUGCCUUUCUUUUGUCGUUUGCUUCCGUUAGUUUGAUGAGAAAGGGGUACUUGCUUCCCCGUCCGAAAAUUGGUACUGCAAACUUGGUGAUAAAUUGCACCCGCUGCAAUGAGAUCUUGGGAAAAAGAUAUUCUGCCAUGCACUUUCUCAGCCCAACCGUCUCUUGGCUCCUCACAAAUUCGGUUUAAUGUGGUUUGAAAAUCUAAUGUUCUAACAGGAAAAACAUCAUGUCCUCUUUUGUUUCCCGUAAGUUUAGCAGGCUGGCUGCAAAAUAAACAUCGUUCACCAAAAUCAAAUGUUGGUUCACUGGAACGCAGGGUACGACUUGCACUAGAGGAUGUUUCUUCAUCAGCCGUAUGUUUCUUUAUGUAGGAACGAAUAACCUUUACAUGACAGUAUUUCUGCCUGCAUUUUUGAUGUACACGCUGUCCUGCAAAAGUUUGGAGUGUGUCGCCACGUAGUUUACUUGCAUUGUUGAUACCAUCGCUUCCUUUUUGCCUAAGUUCCACUGUUUCGAGGCCAUUGGUUGAUAAUUCCUUGCAAAUUACACAAUACUCCAUCGUGUGAUGUUAACCGGACGAUAAACCACAUCUGUAACCAUCUAUACUUUACCUUCACACGACAUUUUUCACUAAAGUACCACUCUGGACGUCCAACAAUGCGUUUCUACGAAUACUCGUCUAAAUAAAUGUCUUGUGAAGCGAAGAACUUUGUUAGUUUGAAGGCCAGAGAAUCGUCCAGAGCAGUUGUACGGAGCAAGAAUUUUCCAAACCAAACAAUCGAGAGUCUUUAGAGUCACUGAUACACAUACAUACUUAUUGAUAGAGAACUAAUUCAAGGAAAACUGUUUUCCAGUUCUCGAAAUAAAAUUUCUUCGAUGUGAUCAAAAACUUGUUCAAAUCUUUACAUUUAAACACGUGCACGCAUUUUGUUUUCCAAUUACGCCUAUUGUUUUUAGCUGUUUGCUGUAAAAAUUUACGCAUAUAUUUUGAAUAAAUUGCGCGGUAGCCAUUUUGAAUUUAGAAAAAGAAUUCAACCAUAAAACUGUAAUUUCAUCAUUUUAUCCUUCGAAACGUUUGGUAGACUUUUGACAUGUUAUUUAUAGGCAUCAGUAGAAUAACUUCCGGCAAAAAUAAAUUCUGUUGCAAUUACUUCAAGGUUCGGUCUUUUUUUCUCGUAGAAUGACUAGACUACUGGUGGGGACUGUAGGGCGUGGUAAAUAUCCACCGGACUUUGUUGAGCACGGCAAGAUCAUUGAUCUGCUUUCUUCCUUCGAUCACCAGCUUUCUUAACUCUCUCUCUGCUCCAACAAAGGACUUCCCGUUGUCGGAGAUAAUAGUAGCUGGCCACCCAUGGUGAUACAUGAAACGUCGUAGGGCUUGAAGGAAGGACUCGAUCAGUUGACAGGCUUUCCACUAUUUCCAGAUGGAUGGCUCGCACGGUUGCGCAAGUAAAGAGAGCACCCCACGCUUUAAUACACUUGUUCCUUUCAUACUGAAUGGGCCAAAGAGGUCUACUCCCGUAACUGAGAACUGAAGAGAAAAGGGCAAGGCUCUGUCAGAGGUAAGUCUGCCAUUAGAGUGGUGUGUGGCAGCUGAUGUAGCUUGCGACAAACUGCACAGUCUCUAACGAGUUUCUUGGCAAGGCUUCAUCCACAUACAAUCCAAAACUUUCGGCAGCUUUCACUCACGGUUCUUUCCGGGCCUGCAUGUGAAACUUUAUGGUGAACAUCUUCCAUGAUUAGCUGGGAGAUAUUGUUGGUUGAAGACAGCAACACGGGAUGCUGCUGGUCAUAGUCCAACUGUGAUUUCUUUAGUCGACCACCUACUCUGAUGAUGGUGCCAUCCAUAAAUGGAGCCAAAUCGUUAAAACGAUCUCUCCAAUCAGGCAGGUCUCACUAUGCUCUGGCAAUCCAGAACGUUUCUGCGGCGCUGAUUUCCUCUGGCUGCAACAGACCCACUCUACUAUUUCUUGGGUAUGAAUGUGAACUCUAUGUUGUGAAUGAAAUGGAGGACAUACGCUGUGACUCUUGUGAGCUUCUGCCAACUCGAGUAAUGUAAAGGAUCUAUCAGUGGUCUCUGAUUGCUUAAUGGAGCCAUUAUCUUUGUUUCCUUUUUCUCGGGAUCGUCUUCUGUGCUUUGACAAACUGACUUGAUUGGCCACUCUUCCUUGGGGCCUUUUAGAAAUUGUGGCCCAUUCUUCCAACACCCAUCGAUGUCUUCCAAAGAGAUGCCUCGGCUAAGGUCGUCAGCAGGGUUAAGGUUUGUUGGAACAAAUCGCCAGUACUUGGGGUUCCAGGUAGACUGUAUCUCGGCAACACAAACUCCCACAAAGUUCUUAAACGAGACUGACUCAGAGUUCAACCAAUGUAAAACGAUCCUGGAAUCUGACCAGAAAGUAACUGACACAGGCUUGAUCUUGAACUCGUCACAGAUGGUUCGGGCAAGUCGGGAACCCACGAGGGAAGCCAUCAGCUCUAGUCGUGGGAUAGUCGUCUGUCGCAGUGGCCUCUCGCUUUUGCUGCAACUAGACGUACUUCUGGUCCUUUUACUGUUGGUCACAGAAGAUAAGCCACAGCUCCAUAGGCCGCGCCACUCGUGUCAGCAAAGAGAUGCAAUUCUGAGUCACCGGACACAUUUUCUGGCUGCAGGCAUCUGGGAAAUUCGAGAGUUUGAAGCCCUUGGAUCUCUUUGAACAAUGUUUGUCAACGAACUCUCGUUUCGUCAGGCUAAGGGUCGUCCCAGUCAAAGUUCUUCGCACGCCAAAUGUCUUGUAACGCUAUCCUUGCCUUUAUCAUGACAGCAGAAGCUAAGCCAAGGGGGUCGUACAGUCUCGAGACAUUGGAUAGGACAACUCUUUUCGUAAGUUUUGUGACGUUUGGCUCUUUAACCAUGAAACUAAGGACGUCGGUCUGAGAGUUCCAUCCAAUGCCCAAUGUCUUCAUGCCUUUUUCUCCAUCUAGAUGGACAGCGGUCGGUACAGCUGUGCUUUUGACAGAUUUUUCUUCAUCAGGUUUCUUCAGGAAAACUUGUGACAGUUCAUUUAGGACGAUUUCAGACGACGAUAUCCACUCUUUAAUCUUGCAGCUGCUGUUUUCAAGAACUCGGUCAAGUUCUUUAGUGCUUUGCACAGCUUCCUUUGUUGUCGGACAAGAAUGAAUCAAGUCGUGCAUGUACCUGUCACGUCUCAAAAUCACUGCGGCAUGUGGAUUAUCUUUCUCAUUAUCCUUGGCCAUUUUCAGCAUAACAAAAGGUCACUCUUUGUGGGGCAUAGAUGGUGGGCUUCUUUGUAAAUUCCAGGUUUCUCCUGAGGCACCGAUGGACGUGUGUGUCUUCCUCCAGUAACUCAAUUUGUAUGUACACCUUUGCGAUGUCCCCCACGAAGGCAGUAGGUUCUUCUCUAAAACGUAGCAAAACUCCGACCAGAUUUCCAAUAAGACAUGGACCCUUGUGUAAAAAGGAGUUUAAGGAGACACCUUGGUACUGGCAUGCCGGGUCGAAGACUAUUCUUAAAGGAGUGCUUUUCUUGUCAGGUCGGUAUAUUCCGUGGUGAGGGAGAUAAUGCACCGGUUUGACAUUGGCUUCUGAAUCUGCUUCGCUCAGGCAGCGGGCCCAACCUUUUUUUUCAUACUCCAUUAUGGCAUUGUUGUACACUUUGGCCUUAGCUUCAUUCUUGAGUAGGUUCCUUUCCAAAGAGAAGAGCCUCUUCUCUCCGCUGGUGGAUAAUUGUUUGGAAGAAGGGAUUUGUCCUUUUGCCAGGGAAGCCCUACCAUGUACCUGUCUCCUCGAUGCUUACAGGAGUUCUCCAUUAGUUCUAUGGCUUUAUUUGGCGACGUGGCUACUCUUGAACAAGGGCAAUCUCUUGCUUGGACGCCGAGAGUUUCUAGCUCAUAAAACUCUGCGAUGUUCGACAGUUCGACAAAACUAAUGCUGCAAACGGUAUCUGAAUUCUUGGCAUUGUCAGAGCCAAUGGCAAACCAUCCCAAUUUGGUUCUCUUGCCUACAGGAUCAAGCGGACAGCCUUGGCGAAUUUCACAUUUGGCAUGUAGGCGACUGUAUUGAACGCCUAGAAUAAGGUCUACAGGGCCAGCCUUGUGUGACAGGACAAUGUGGCUGAGAUGGUUAAAGGACAAUAACCAUUGUCAAUCUAAUGGAGGGAUCCCAAAGACAGUUUUUUCAAUCUCGUGCGCUUCUAUGCUGAACUCCUCACUGCCUUCAACGGGAGAAAUCCAGAACUUGAGACGAAUGCUGUCGGGCUGUUUCACUGUCUCUCCUCCAACAACGGCCAAUUCUACGUGCUCACGCUUCCCUUGCAAACCCAGGGCUAUAGCGAAGUCUUAACGGAUCACAGUCGUAGUUGCUCCACUGUCAAUCAGAACAUUCCCCUUUCUAAUUCGACCAUUGGGUGCUCUAAAACGAACUCUUACGACUGGCAAGAUGCCUUUCUUGUCCAACACAGAUGCGACUCUUCUUGUAGGAGGGUCUGUGUGUAACAGGGAGUGGUGGAACCUUUUGCACCCAUUGAUCUCACAUUUCUUCCUUGAGCGACAGUCUCUUGUCAUAUGACCUUUGCUUAGACAGGAAAAGGACAAUCUUGCCUUUGUUACAAACUUGAACUGUUCGUCCACCGUUGACUCACUCAGGGUGGGACAGGUGGGUACUGUGUGGCUACCUUCGCAUAUUGGACACUUCAGUUUUUUGCCAGUGGUCCAUCCGGUGGACUGAAUCCCCUUUCUUCCUCGGCCACCUCCGCCAAAUUCAGAUUGGAUAUCGCCAAAGUCUGGGUCGAAUUCGGCCUUGACACAUUUCCUCACAAAGUCACUUGUGUGUUGAAGCAUGGGAACCUGGCCUCUUUCUCUGAAAUCCGCCACCACCCCUUUCCAUUUGUCUACGAGAUAGUCAGGAAGACGCAUGACAAUUCUUCUCAAGUUAUCGUUGGCGUUUACAUCUGCAUAAUAAUUGAGGCGGUGCAUGAUGGAAAGGCAAUUGAUGAUAUCCAGUGAGAAUUCUCUGAGAGCUUGUCUGUUGUUCCUUCCAAUCCUGUCUCCCAUAGUCAGCUUGUUCACCACAGCUCUGGCUAUUACACUCGGCUGGCCGAACUGCUCCUUUAGACCCUUUAGAGCUGUAGCAUACAUUAUGCCCUUUGAUCCCACGCCAGAGAUCGCUCGUUCAGCUUCGCCCUUUAAGAGCAUACGCAACUGAAUCAUUUGCGUGUCAUCUUUAAGGUGUACCUUUUCAUGGAUGUGGAUCUUGAAUUGAUCUAUGAAAGCUAAUAAGCUAAUAAGGAAUGUCCUUAUUAGCUUCUAAUUUGAAAAGCGCAUCAGCUAUCGUCCUACGUCAGACUUGGGAAGGACUGUCUCUUAAACUCAAGGAGGUUGUCAAUCCAAAAGUCAAAUGAGCAGGCAUGCUCCAGCUUGCCUUUAGAAGCAACAUUUAAUGCCACUUGAUGUGAAACAUGCGGUUGUUUUGACGUCUGUAUGGUCUGUUGAGCUUCAACAUUAUUAGUAGAAGUGUGACCAGCGUGAUUUUCCACGAUUGUCAAAUCCUGGGCAGGAACGGGCUGGACCUGGGAAUUUGCCGAUACAUUAGUGCCAUUUGACUGAACUGAGUUCCCGACAGAACUAUUUGCGUCACUCGCGUUACUUGCAUGACUAGCCUCUCCAACAGAAUCGUCUGCGUCACUUGAGUGAUUUGCAUCCCCCACAGAACCACUUGUGUUACUUGCGUGGCUCUGUCCCCCACAGAACCGCUCGUGUUACUUGCGUGGCUCGACUCCCCCACGGAACCGCUCGUGUUACUUGCGUGGCUCGAGUCCCCCACAGAACCGCUCAUGUUAACUUGAUUUUGUUCAAGCGCGAUUAAAGAAACUUCCACUUCUUCUUCAAUGGAAAAUACAUCAUUAGCCAAAUCAUUUUCCCACUGAUCCAGGGUGUCGUGUUCUUCUGCCUCCACUAGAUCAUACAGCUCACCAUUCUGCUCUCGAGCAAUUUCGUAGUCCUUUCGAAGCUGUUUUAUUUCUUUCCCCAGACGUGCUUUGUUCGCUUGAACUUGAUCUUUAUCGAGUAUCUCACGAAUACGCUUAAUAGCCAAGGUUAUUCUUCAGCGGCUUUGAGACCUUUGACUUCUCUUCUUCUUAAGGGCAUUCUCCAGGUUUAUAGUUUCUUUGCUGGUUCCUCCACCUUUGUCUGCCAUCUUUCAUAAACAGAGGAUUAUCUACAAGGGUACCAUACCAAAUGGCCGGCUAAAUCGAUGCUCAAAUCCUUUAGAAAUUUUGGUAUAGACCCCAGCAGACAGCAACCGAGACGAAGACUCCGUUAAUAGCGUUAAUAAAGUAGCAAUUCCGAAAAUCAAGGUACAAAUGAACGAUUCUAAGAUUACAUUUCGAUCAUAUUUGAGGCGUAUAGCAAAGCCGAUUUCUGAAUAUAGUACAAUAAAGUGGCUGGAACGAGUUUAAAGACGAAGUAAUUAAGGAAUAAGAUGAUUGUACCUGAAGGGUAAAACCUCGCUCAGUUGAAAAGGUUUGAACUGUCCGUCAGGAAAUUACUGACUGUAAACACUGUGUGAAAACAAUUGCUGUCCGCAUGUAACUUGUCUGAGCUACUUGAGAACGAAAAACUAAUAAUGAAAUAUAUCAGGAGUUCGAUUGCUCAAUCAUUUAAUGAUCAACUAACUCUUGCGGUUAAUGUUAAAUCAAACAUAUUGUUCGUAAUAUCUAUUAUUCCUUAUUGGUUUCUUAGGAGAGGGGAAACUGGAGAACUCAUAUUGCUUUUGCUCAUAUGGACAGUAAUAUUUUCAAGAAUUACAGCACCAUGGAAUAAAAACUAUUUUCUGAUUUAAAACCUCAACAAAAUGAUGAUGUGGAAACUUCAAAAUUAAUUUAAUAUUUAUUUCAGGUAUCCUGAUGAAUUAGCAUGGCAGAUAAAUUUUACUAAAAAAUUUAUCAGAAAAUCCUCGUCAAUGGAAAAGUUUCACAGUUUCCUGGUCCAUGAAACCGAAACUGUAAGUACAGGUUUGGCAGGGUCCGCAGAGUCUUGAAAAGUCCUUGAAUUUUAGAGGGAGUCCUUGAAAAGUCCUUGAAUUCCAUUUUUCUGUGAAUAGUCCUUGAACUUUCUUCAGCUUUGAAUGUAGAGGCCUGGAAAGAGUUUUUUUAAAUGCUUUUUGGUUGUCCAAGACAGUAUAUAAAUCGUAGCUUAGAGAAGUUAAAUGUGAUUUGUAUAAAGCAUUUUUCAUAUUUUAUGCACGAAUUAACUAACAACUUAAGACAAAUGAACUGAAAAAUGUAGAGAAGUUGGUAGAGCAAACAGGUCAAGCCUUAAAGUCCUGUUAGAAGUGAAAGGGAAUUGCAUUUUUGUACAAUCUGUGAAAAUACAUUCCUUAUACACUGUAUAGGUAGUCCUUUAAAAUCUUACAUUAUCCUUGAAAACUUCUUGAAAAGUCCUUGAAAAUGGUUGCAUUCAGCAAUGGUUUCAAAAUGUAUGUUAGUAAGGAUAGUCAAGCCAGCUUUCGCAUUUUGGAAUCAAAUUUUGACUUGAUUUUCCCCAUACCCUCCCUUUAUCAGCUUGGGUAUUCAAUCGCUAUGUCAAUAAUAUGAGAUCACAGUGCCAGUAAACACACUGAAAGCAACUGCCAAGAUCUUUUUCUGUUUCAUUUAUGCAUAAUAUUCCAUGAAUCAAUAAACCACAGUACAGUCAACUCUUGCCUUACGGACACCCAGCCAUAACAGACACCCAGUUAUGGACAGCAGCUAAACCCUAGGCAAAAAUAAAUUACAGACCUUUAACUAAAAUGAACUCCUGCCAUUAGUGACUCUCUCUAAUGUGGACACUAGCUCAAGGUCCCUACUGUGUCCGCUAUAAAAAGAGAGUUGACUGUACAGACCUUUAAAAGUAGUUACCAUUUACAUGGGGAAACGGGAAAUUCCAGUUGGAAAAUCAAAUGAUUUGCACCAUUCCAUUUGAGAAGCUUCAGAACAUAUGGGCUGUGAUUUGGGGCAAUGUAAUUCAUGUACUCUCUUUAUAGUCUGUUCAGCUGAUUUUAAUACAUUUUGUAGUUGUUUUUUCACACCAUGUUGAGUUUUAAAGUUUUAUGUUUAUGCACAACAUUUCCACCCGGGUGGUCUGUGUAAAUGGUAAGGACCCUUUAUUAAGGUUGCUUACCAUCUUUGCUACCUAUCUGUUGGGUAGAAGAAGGUAAGUAGCAAUGAUGGCAUUUGUGAUUCUGCAGGUUAAACUGGAAAUAGAGCACUUACAUUCAUUGUGGAGACAUGAUGGCUGAGUGGUUAAUGUCUCGAACUUUGGCUCUGUGGGCAAGAAAAAUGUCUUUCUCCAACUACAAUUGGCGACAAAAUGAGUUGAGACACUUUUGCCCUAAACUGGGCUUUUUUACGUUCUACUGACUUCAAAAGGAGGAAAUAUAGCUUUUCCUCCCCCAUUCCCUCCAUGCAAUGUUGUACUGAUGUUCGAGCUACCUACAGAAAACAACAAACACCCCAACUUUGAAUAGAGGGGAAGGGUGCGGAUUAUUUUGUUCUCUGAAGUUACCGUAUUUGAUUACAAUGUCUCAACUAUUUUGUCACCAAUUGUAGGUCUAUUUAAUGGGUACUGGCAAAAUAAUGCUGAGGAUAAUGCUGAAGUUGACUUGCUACCUAUCGAGGGGUGGGGGGGGGAGUAGCAUAUUUUCCAGGAUGAAGUGCUGCCCUGUGCCCUUUCUAAUGUCUUCAGAACAAAAUUAGAACUCUUAAACUCUAUGUAGAGUAGUACAUACAGCAAACAUAGAGAUCAGAUCAUGUGUCAAGUAAUGCAUAUAUCAGGUUACUGUGCUUCUGAAGUUCAAAAGCCAACUAACGUUUGUGUUCUUUGCUGCCGUCAAUCAUCGUAGCAGACUUCUUAGGAAAGAGAAGCUUACUUCAACGAGUUCAAAUUAAAGUUAAGGGUUUGUGGUUUGCAAUUGGAGGAUUUCAAUCCACUUUGUGUGUUUCUCUGUUUCAAGGUUCGUUGGUUGUGUUUAUAAUUAUGAUUGACGGAAGCAAAAAAGCAAUAUUGUUGUAAGCUGGCUUAAAUUUCAAAGUUUGCAUGUUACUGAAAAGCACAGUAAAAACGAUGUAAAAUUGUAAAACCAUCACCUGCAAUUGUUUAUGAGGUUGUCGACUUUUGGUGUUUGACUGGGGAUUUUUUACAAUAUGUGCCUCUCUUGGAGGCUUGACUAUUUAAUGACAUAAAAACCAUAGUGUUCUGUCUCUCUUAAUUCAGGGAAACAUCAGUCGCCAAGAGGCAGUCAGUAUGAUCCCGCCAUUGCUUUUAGAUGUAAAACCAGGCCAAAAGGUAUAUUGCUGGUAUAAACAGUGAAUAAUGAUAUUUAACAAUUAUUGGACAAGGCUGAGCAAAUAUUGUUAUUUGUCAGUGGCGAGCAGAUCAAUUAUUUGCCAAAAAGCUGAAGGCUGAGGCAAAUAAUUGAUCUGGACACUGACAAAUCAAAUUAUAUUGCGAUAACCAAGUACAAUAAUUGUUUUAUCAUUUGAUCAUCAAGUUUUUUUUUUAAUGUAUAUCUUUGGGAAGCGAAGUGGUCUGCCAUUUUAACGCAAGAGUGAUAGCAAGAAGGAGAAAAGUGUGGUUCAUUUAUGCUUGAGAAGAAUAUUAUUUGCAGCCAAACAAAGUUGGACAACAUUGUGCAUGAGCAGACCAUUAUUUGUAGGCAGUUAUUUGCAGGUCACGUGAUGAGCUCUUGGCCAGUGCAAAGAAAGAAAAAUUUGCAACGAAUGAUGAUAUGUUUUUUUUAUGUCUUAUCUUUGCUUAAAACAAGCAUAUCACAGACAAUUUUCCCACCUGUCAUUUGAUAGCUAGGCUUCCCUUUUACGUAAGACUUUUGUUAACUUUGCACUGUCAAUCUGUUCAAUAACAGUUUUUUGGCACAAUUACCCCAAAAUGAAGGUUUUGGGACACAGUCAGGUUUUGAGCAGUCAUGUGUGUGUUCAAGACAUGUUCUUGUUUAGCACUCCGAGUGUUACAAAAAGUUGUCUUGCAUGACCUGCAUGACAAACCAGAAGUGGUGAGUUUUGGGCAGAUAGCGAUAGUGAUAGUGAAAUGGCGUUUUUCGGCAAAAUUUUUGGGGUCAGUGGAUUAAAUAGGAAAUGCAAAUGCAUAGUAAUAGAAAAUUUUGUCCCUUGUUUAUCUCCUUUGCGCGAGUCAAGAAUAUUAGAGACAUGAGAUUGUCUUCUCUCUGAUAAUUUUUAUUUUUUGUCAAUACAGAUAUUGGAUGCAUGUGCUGCUCCUGGGUCUAAAACAGUUCAACUUAUUGAACUUCUUCAUGGUGAAGAAACAUUAGGGAUACCUGGUAAAGUAUACAAUAAUGUAUGUUCUGUUUUGGUUCGGAUACUAAGCUGGGUAUCAUAUUGAUAAGGCAUGCCUUGUAAUGUUUUAUCAGUGUGUUACUACUAUACCUUUUGAAGGCCAGCAGAAGGCAGAAACUGAUGUGAUGGUUAUUUCCAAGAGUUUACCUUUAUUAGAACUGCAUUGCAUUUUGCAAGGCAAGGUGUCUAACAGAAAUUUAAAAGAUGCAGAAAGGAUGGCAUUAGGUGUUGAUGCUGUCUUUGAUUGUGUUGACACAUGUCCAUGAACACCAUACAUAGGAAGAAUAGUAAAAUUGCAGAUAUGCAUAGUGUCUUUUUAUCCUGCAGAGGGUCUGGUUGUAGCAAAUGAACUUCAAAACAAGAGAUGCUACAUGCUUGUUCAUCAGAGCAAGAGGUUGCGUAGUCCCUGCUGUUUGAUCACAAAUCAUGAUGCUACUCUCUUCCCCACUUUGUAUGCAAAAAAGGUCAGUUAAUAGAAUGUUUGUAGUCAGAAAGUAUCAAUACCACCCACAUGAUGGAUAGAUGAUUUCAGGAAAGGUGGGUAAAACACCCGAAAAAUCACUUACUGUGGCCAGUGUCCUGACUGUACCUUUAUAGGGAGGCAAAUUUCCCAGUUCAAUCAAGUAGUUUUUUUACCUUAGGGGUUACAUCGUUCUUGAUGGCUAUGAAGUUCUACUGUAGUAAAAGUUGGUUAAAGUCAACUGGUUUACUGGACAGCACCAAUACCAUAAUUCCUGAAAUUUGUGUUGAGUAUAGAUCUGAUGAUCACCUUUAGCUAGGUUGUUUAGAACUUGCCAGUACCCUGAGUCAAGGUCUAUGGUAUUGAAGUACUUAAAAUCCUGAAAAUGAACUGCAGAGUCUUUUUCUUUUUCAAGAGUCUUUUUAGGAAAGUAAUUUCUCUUUCAAAAUCCCAUUGCCUUGUCAGUGGAGGAACAUUUGUGUCAACAAUUUUCAUUGUACAAAUGACUAGAAAUUCAUGAGAAGAUGAUCCGCUGUACAUGCCAAGAUCAACCCUCACAGCAAUAAAUCUCAGUGGAGAUAAUAAUAGUAGAUAAUAAUAAUGUAGCUCAGUAUUCACAGAAUUCCAACGUGUAAAAGCUCACGACAGAGAUUGUCUGGUUGAAUUAUGAACGAUUAUAAAAUAACUUAAAACGUGUAAUUUGUAUUUGACGAUAAUUCCCUAAAAUAAGCUCCAGGAGGCUUAUUAUACUGGUCAUGUUUGUGUUUUGAUUGAAUGAAUGGUAAAUUUCUUAAUGGAGGGGGUUUUAUUUUUAGAAUUUUAUGGGUUUUUGCCCCAGGAAGUUCAUGCAAACGGUUAUUAAUGCACAAAAGAAGCAAGCCAGUUUACACAGUAGCAGGUUAUGUUUAUACAGAAAUUUUCCUAGACUAACAAAUAGGAUAAUGUUUUGAGCCUUGACAAGGCCUCUCCUUUUUGAGACUAGAGUUAAUUCAGUGAAAAAGUCUCUUCCUUUAAGAUAGGAUGAGAUGGUUAGGUAUGUUUCCUUUGUGGGUACAGAGUGUGAGCAAAAUUGGAACGAUUAUAAAAGAACUAAAAUUUUGAAUUGAAAGGUUUCUUUAAAAAGACAAGUUUUAAGAUGACCAAUUUUUUCCAAUAGUAGCUUUAUUAAAUAAAGUAUGAAUUUUUUACUGUGGCUACCAUUUUUUUCAGGAAGGUGGUGAAAAGGUGCCAAUAUUUUUUGACAGAAUACUCUGUGAUGUUCCAUGCAGGUUAGUUGAGUCAACGUCAGUCAUUUAAAAUGGCAGAACUAUGACGGUUGUCGAAACUCACUGCUUUGUGAAAUUGAUUUUAAUGUUGAAAUCACAAGUACUUGUGAGCAAUGACGCUCACAACCGAAAUAAACAAAGGCAACAAGUUCCUAACGGCCAUAAAGAGUUCUAUAAUUGUAGUUCUUUGCACAUAUUCAUCUUCUGUUCUUUUUGCACAUGCACCGUAAGUCAUGUGCUCCCUUACCUGACUGCGAGCUCAACUGUUCAGAUGUCAGAUUCCACAUGUUAUAAAACUAAAAUAUGUAUCUUUAACGAGGAGCACGCUUCAAAGGAAACUUGCAAGUUGCUUUAUCAGUUUGAUGAAUUCUGGACUAACUUAUGUUAUUACUCGAGCAAGAGAUAAUUGCUUCAAAGCAUUGUGUCAAGCAUUUGAUUCUGACUCCACUAACACGAGAUAUUCAGUGUGAAAACGUUUAUUUAGGACAUGUCAGUCAGUCAUCUGAUGCAGAUGUUAAAUCAAUGAUAUCGUUCUAGUAAAAUACUAAUAUACGUUCUAAGCUAGAACUUGUACCAUGCCAGAUACAAAAAACAGUGGCCAAAAAAUGCGUGGAAACGUAUUCCCCUACUGAUGCAGUUGUAAAACUCCGGGGAAAGGGAUUGCAAUGAAAAUACAUUAUAAUGUUACAUAGACUACUCCAAAAUUAUACUAAUGGAAAAGGGUGUGUGUCUGAAUACCUAAAUUCAUAAAUUAUAUAUCGAAGUAAGAAACGUUAUUCCAAAACAUACAGUUCUGAAGACGUAAAAAAAUAAAAUAUAGAAAACGAAAACUUACAAAUCAAAACAAAAACUAUCAGUUUGACAGAGCUGACGUAUUAUCGCGCAAGUCUCACGCCAAAACCGUAAGACCUGAAAAUAUAGUGACCGGAAUCAAGAACGUAAGGACUCACCUUACUUAAAUAACACCUCAAAAUCUUGACAGGGCAACUAGGAGUGCCAGGACUCUCAGAAAUCACUACUUCAUUACCUUUCCUAGGUUGAUCGGUCUUACUUCUAUCAACAUUAAUAGCGACAUAAGCUGUAUGAAAAACAAUGUCUCCAUACCUAAUAUGGAGAACUUCAUCAAUUCUGAAAAAACUGCAAACGCCAAAAGAAAAAUGCAAACAUUUCUCAAUUCAAGGAGGUUAUCUAAAGUCGAAGCCUCCACUAGCUUUUCUAACAUAUCAGGUGAAACAGGCUCUUUUUUAUUGAACAAACUAGUUCCAGUUAGCUGCUUGGUGGCGUUACUAACAGCUUUGAUGAUAGGGCUAUCAGGCGGCGAAGGAAUGCCAGCCAAGUUAUGUGCCCAUUGGAUUCCAUAAAUGGCAGAGCCCAAAGCAGAAUGAGAACGAGUUGUGGUCAACAUGUACUGGAGGUAAAGGGCAACAUGCUCUGUACUGGUGGGAAAAACCUGAAUUUCGUCUCUAGAACAGGGAAAAUUUCUCCAUUUCCAAAAGGAUCUUCUGUAGGCAUCUGUUGUUCCUGAAGCUAUGGAUGCAAUGUUGACCGUAGACUCCAAUUUAUAACCAGGUCCCUCAAUGACGGGUCUUGGAGGGCAUGUAGAGACUUCCAAAUGCCGGAACCUAAAACUUCUAAACAAAACAAGAGAGGAAACUAACAAAAUAGAGAAAGAGACGGAGAAAAAGAAAAUGCAAAAUUAGUAACAUACAACGUCACAAGACAUAAGCAUCAAAAACAACAUUCAAAACAUUCCCAAGUCAAAACGAGUCCUGGGACGAUCAAGAAAAAAUUGAAUAGACGCUACCAAGUGCGGCGACGAAUGCCACUAAUCCUAAAUCACACGUGAAUUAAACACCAAGUGAACGACACUGGCGAGCCACCAGGGGACAAAUGGAACAACAUAAUGCAAUGAUACUGCUGUACAUGUCACCACCGGGGGGUGCCAGGUCCCAAUAAACAUACGAUACUUCACUUGAUGCAGAAAAAGAAACCAGUAAACCUACCAAUAAGGGCACGAAUGAAGAGAAUACACCACGGGGGUGCAAAGAAUAAAACUACUUCCAGAAAUGAACCAAAGCUAUGUCCUGUAGAUUUUGAACCACACUACUGACCUGAAUAAUUCUAACAACAUUCUGAUUUUUAGUGUAUAAGCGUACUCUUUGGCCUAUUAAAUUACUCUCGAAGGACUGAAGGGCAAACUGAAUCCCAACCAGCUGCCUCCAAGUGGAAGACUUACGAGACUCUUGAACGGACCAAGUUCGGUGACAAACCAGACUAGAAUCUUGAAUAAAAGCGCAACAACCCGUAGAAGAAGCAUCCGCAAGCAAAACUUUGGAUGGAACAAACGGAACCUGCCAGAACAGCUUACCAUUUCAGGAUUUUGAAUUGUCCCUCCAAAAGAAAAGCCCUUUCUUCGCAUUAUCUUGAACCAGAACCUCCGAAUUCCAUCAACGCCACGGGCUGAUGAUAACGUGCAAAAAUCUAGUCAUAAUUUGAGUGACAUUCCCACAACUCAGUGCUAGUGAAAUAAUGAACUUAACGUAAAUGAAAGGCGAAUUAUUUAAAUUAGCACAGACGUCGUUCAGACCGGACCACAAUUUGUCGAUCCUAGGAUCAACUGCAAAUAUAAAACCUGUCGGAGUGUCAAUAUGAAAACCUGGCUAAGAAAAGGUGGUGGAGGGCUGCCAGACAGAUUUUUCAUGAUUUAUGCCAAAACCACAGCGAAAGAGAUCGGAAUGAACUGAAGAACUAUUAGUUUUCGCUGCCUCCAGAGUAGAAUCAACGCCAAUGCCGUCAUCAAAAAUUAUAGCUAUGGGAAUACCUCGUAUUCUCCAAUGGGUCUCCGUGGGCUUCAACAAUUUAGUGAAAUUAUAAGGGGCUGAAUCCCAAAGGGCAAAGAGUAAAGUUAACAUAUCUAGUUUGAGAGGUACCAAAAUCCAAUGAAAAUAACAAAAAUCUGCGAUGCUCGGGGAAAAUAUCCACGUGGUGAUAUCCUGACUUCAAAUCAAAAGAGAAAAUGAAGUGAAAUAGCAUCCCUGAUAGUAUGAAGGCAUUCGCACUUAAAAUUCUGUUUAAAAACAUGCAUAUUGAUGUGGCUUAAAUCUAGGAUAAGCCUCUUCUUACUGCUACUUUGAAUUGAAACGGUCAAAGGAUUGAGAAUAUCAGGAGUGUAAGAAAAACUCUCCUUGACGCGAUUGUCACUCACGAGCUCCAAAAUAGCCUCAGAGGCAAAAUCAGACUCUUUCAAGGCUGACACAUUGUUCUUUAAAGUGUUGAGGCAAUGGCGUGGAAAUAAUAGGGGUCUUGUAGACUUCUCUGAUAAUACUCAAAACAAAUUUAGAAGCUCCUAGUGAUUUCCAAUAACCCCUAACAGAAAGCUGUGAACGGAGGACAGAAGUAAUAGUGGGGGACGUUGUUUCGUAAUCAAAACCAUUUAGCUCCUGAACAGAACGAUCGGAAGAGAAAAAGAUGCUAUCAAACUGCAGGGAAUCAACAAGUGAAAAACCACAGUCACUUGGAUCUUCUGAGGAUAGUCACUUCGAAUAAGAGAAUCCUUUUGGAAUGCGAGAAUUAGAAACUAGAGAACACUGGUAUUUCCAAUGGCCAAACCUGCCGCAAGCAAAACGGCUGCCUUGCCUGGAAGGAAAAUCAGAGCGACCAAAAGGGAAGGAACAAAAAUGGAGAAGCUACUGUAGACGUUCUGGGAGGCCAAAAAUCGGAACCAGAAGGUCGCGGAGCGGAAGGAUUAUGCUUAGAAGAUUUCUUCGCAGCUGAAGAUUUAAGAGCCUUUUCAGCUCUGUCCUCGGCAUGACGAAUCCGUUUAGCGUCUUCCUUAGCAUCGGCAAGCUCGCGUUGAACAUACUCCUCAAUGGUCUUCCAACCAAAUUCGGACUUAUCAGCUAAGAUAAUUAAUUUCUACUGCUUGGAGAGCAUUGACGUACCUUCAGCUAGGGACGCUUUAGCCUUCUCAACCGCGUUGGACUCGAGGUGGGAUUUCACUUCGUCUAGACUAUCCUGAAGCUUAGCAAUGAAUUUUUACUGAAUCGUGUUUCCUUUUUGCGUAAAGGACUUCGGGUCCUUGUGUUGAAUCUUCUUGAUCUCGCGUAGUUGUUUGUCAGCAACGCCAGAGCUAGUUUGUUAAAUUCCUCAGCAGAAUCGGCCACUAGCUUUGAAAAACUGCUCCAAUAAUGCCUUGUUAUUUUCAGCCAAAGAAGUAGAACUGAAAUCCUCCACCUCUUUUGACACCGACAUGAUGCAACAAGGGAAUUGACUAGAGAAAGAGGGAAAUCGAAAAGGAAAACUAUCAGAAGGACUGAGCUGACGUAGAAUGGCGCAAUUCAUCUCCCGCCAAAAUCAUAAAUAGCCCGAUACUAUCCUAAGAACACCAGGAUGUCAGAAUAUCAAAUUUCUGACUCAUUCGUUCCCUUGUCUCUCAACCAUCAGAAAUUAAAUUUUUCAAAAUUGAAAUACAAUUUUAACAUGCCCGUGGGUACCUAUUCAGCAAAAUUGUCCCAUCUGCUCCUGAUUUGCUAGUUUUUCCUGUAAUUUGAAUUAUUUAGAAAAGGUUGCAAAUGUAUUUUGUUUACGUGCUGAAUUUGCAAGAAAAUUAUGCGUCAUUAAAAUAUUCUGUAAUGUUUAGACUCUUCAGAAUGCCUCUGUUUUUCUCUGCAGCGGUGAUGGAACGCUGAGGAAAAAUCCUUUGAUUUGGAAAAAGUGGACACCACAACUUGGCAUGGCAUUAUUUCGGUAAUUAAUUAAAUAACUGAGCAUUAAAAAAAAUAAAGAUUUUGCUAUCUCUGAUUCUACUGUCAUUUAUAGAUAACUUUCCUUAACUAUAUUGAAAUUCUCUCUUGUUUACAAGAGUUGGUUUAUUUGUUGGUGAACAACUCUGUUGUGUUUUCUCCGAGCGUUAGAAGUGAUUCGUCUUGUCCAGUUCACUGUUAUUGCUGUUUCAAUCUUUCUGGACGGGCAUAUUUAUAUGUUAUUAGAACUUAUUUUCUAUCGACUACGCUGUAAUCUUAAGAACUUUUGAAGGAAUCUUCAAGCUUGUUGCUCUCAUUCCGUGCAUCUCAAAACAAAUUGUCGCCAAAAUAAAUGACUACCAAGUUUGCAUCUAUUGUAUAGGUUUCAUCCCCAUCAGCAUUAUUUGUAGUUGGAAGGGUGCUGCUAGUGGAAGCUUCUCAAGUUUUAUGCUCUCAGUAGAAACCAGUAUUUAAUACUGGUCGAACCCUUUCUCAGGACUGAAAUUAACAAUAUCUCUUUAAGCUUUAUUCUUCAGUCAGGAGUGAAUAUGCAAUUAAUUCUACAGUUUGUGAUAAAAAUUAAUGAAUUCUACCAUUUGUUGAUGAUAAAUGAAUUCUCGAUGAUAAUUGAAUUCUUACAUAUGUUGAUAAUUAGCAAUUAUUGAAUGAGGCUGAGUAGGAUAUGAAGAAUUCUGCAGAUCAAAGACGGUGUUAUCCAGUGAGGCUUCCGUGAUCUGCAGAAUUCUUCAUAUCCUGCGAAAGCCGAAUUCAAUCAUUGUUUUAUUAUUCCUUCAAAAUAAUUCCAAGUUUAAAAACAAGCUAAAACAUGCUAACCUUGGUCAAUGUAAAUUCAUAUCGAUAAUGCAUCUUAAGCGGGAAGUUUAGGAGAUGAAGAUCUGUUCAGGUCUGCAAAGAUGCUCCAAAGAGCAGAUGUCGUCCGUCUUCAUGCUGUUCUUGCCAUGUUUUUACACAAUAUUUUGCAGUGAAAUGAGUAAAAUGUUCUGCUGACUGUUCCGCCAUUUUGUUUUAACUACCAAAACAAUUCUGUUCAAUAUGACAAAAUUCUUUCCAAAUUUGGUCAACAGCAGCUGGUUAUGGUGAAUUAUGCGUGUGGUUUAACCAAUCAGAAAAAGGGAAAUAUUUUGAAUGAAUGAUAAUAAUGAUUAUUUAAUUAGUCACCAGUAUAUCCCGACUGAACUGGCUGAUUGAACACUUUUUUGUAAUUCCUCAUUUCACAGCAUCCAGUUACGUAUUUUAGCACGUGCAGUGGAGAUGCUAGCCCCUGGAGGUCGCAUUGUAUAUUCUACGUGUACUCUUAAUCCUGUGGAAGAUGAAGCCGUUGUCUCUACCUUGUUACAAAAAGCUGAAGGUAAAUCUUGUUUAUUCUGAUAUGGUUAAACUAAUCACUUAAACAUUCCUUUGAUUUAGUUGCAACAGUUGUUACUCAGAAACAUCCUUUGUUGAUCUGAUAUGAGCAGUUCACAAAGUUGUAAAACGCAUUCUUACUAAACCAUCCUUUCUUUCCUUUUAUGGACGUUGUUCAAACCAACUGCUUUCUUUUCAUUUCAGGGGCACUGUUUGCUUCUGUUAAUUUAGUUAUUAAUUUGCAUCUGAUUUAGGGGCAAUGGAACUAGUUGAUGUUUCAUCAUACCUUCCAAAUUUAAAGAGAUCACCAGGUUUGAAGACGUGGAAGGUAAACACUUUCCUUUUUGUCCCCGUUUACAUUCCCCUUUUUAUACCCUAAGUCCAAAACCCUCCAAACUUUCUUAGUUUGUCUACUCUUUUUAUCUGUCUAAGGCAUCACUAUAAAGACAUUAUGUGUCACACGAACUAAAGCUUUAGGUAAACAAAGGCAGGUCUAUGGUGUCAAGGUGGUAUUAUAAGAUUUUGCAUCAGUUGACUGUUCAUUAGUAGUUAACUUAAAGUUACAAUAUUAUGGUACUGCUAGGAAAAAUAACUAUCUAGGCAGAUUUUAAUAAUGCUUUGUAAAGGUUUGAAAAUUGCUCGUUUCUUCUUACCAUAACCAUCCUUGCCAAGGUACAAAAUACUCCUCGCGCAUCUUGUGCUGUCCAGAUAAUAAUUAUUUCCGUUCUAGUACCAGGCGCACCGUUUCCAAGUAGUGCAAAUAGGGGCUACUAGAUUGUAUUUUUAAUAAAUGUUUGUCACGAGCGGCAGUCAGAUAACAGAAACCUUUUUUGUUCCCUUGAAAGGAUAGCUUUCCUGAUGACGUUCUUUUCAGUUGAGCCUGCAAAUACAGCCCCCUAUCAUUGCUUCCUGCUGCUGGGACGUUUCUCGAGAGAAAAGUCUACAUUUUGGCCAAAAUAAUUUCAUACUGAUGACCUAACGAUGACCAUAAUCUGGUCAGGUUUUCUGAGUGGUUGACGUAGUAAUUAAACGUCAUUAGUUAUUUUUUACAAAUGAGAGACAGAAGUCAGGAAAGUCGCAAAAUUCAAAAUGUACAACGUGCUGGAUCUAUCUUGAAACACUCUUUUAUUACGAUUAUUUAGGCUUGGCAAGAAGUGGUGCUAAAACUCAAAAUUUUUCAAUAGCCGCGAAGGAAAAACAGAAACGUAAUCAAAUUUUCAUCUGCGAACUCAUGGCUACCAGAUUUACGUCAUUAGUGUGGAUUUUUGAGGCUCAAAUAUAGACUUUUUCCUGCAAAGUGUCCGCAGUGGUGGUUAUCGAUGAGAGGCGGAUCUAUUGACAGAUGUUUCAGUUGUAUAAACGUGGCAGAAGGGGUUAUUUUGUGAGCAAACGUUAAGUCAAAGGUUUCUAGAUUUUUUCCUACUGCCGCAUUCUCAUAUAAACGUUUGUAAGAGUGAUCUUUUGUUAUAGUAAGUUUUCAAUCAUUUAUUCGUUCAUGUUCUCUCGUUUCUGGACAAUAAUUGCUUUAUCAAAGCACCAUUAUUUGUGAAGUCCUGUAGUAAUUUGUCGAAUUAAGAUUAAUAAUUUUAGAUUGUUAUUUACAGUAGUUCAUGAUCACUAAAUUUUCUGUUGCAGUUGAUGACCAAGGAUUUGCAGAUUGUGGAUAACUGUGAUCCGGGAUCAAAGCACUUCUCGAAAGGUUUUAAGCCACAGAUGUUAGCUCCACCAGAGGAAGUUGCAAGCAAACUGCACCUGGAAAGAUGGUAUGGUUAUUUAACAGAUUAUAAUGUAUGUUUACUUUUUGAAGUGAUAAACGCAGCAUAAAGCACAUUUGUAAAUAUUUUGGUUGCAGACAUAACACCAGAAGCAUUAGCGUUAAUGGGAAUUGCUAGUUAAAAAAAGGCAUAGGUGAAUUUGGCAGGUACGUUCUGUCGGAUAGCUCCGUUUGGCAAGUUCAGGAUUUCUAAUAACUGUCUCUGUUUGUAGACAACUUUUCUGUCAUGGUAGCUCUUCUUUUUCUGGUGGUUUUGCUGUAUUUUCUCAGGCACUCCUUCGGGAUCAUGACGGUGCCACAGGGUACUUGCUAUGAUGACUAAUGUCUUUAUUACUGCGACAUAAGACAUUGUUGAGGGCUUUAUUGCAUUCCACCAUUAGGGGUAGUUCUAUAGUCUACCAAGAUCUUAGUUGUCUCUGAUGGCUUUCAUGAAUAGCCCAUUUGGCUUCUUUCACUACGGACUCAACUUUUCCUUUGGAGUUUGGAUGGUAUGGGGAUAAGGUGACAUGAUGGAACUCCCUGCACUCUGUCGCAAGCUUGAAGGAUUUCUUACUGGCGAUCUCGACCGGGCUUCCAUUGAUGCAGACAAGGCUAUGGCGAAUACCAUGUCAUACCACUGGGUUUAUGAACGUUGGAAUACCUUGGGAGUACAUGACAGGCCAAAGGGAAGGCAGGCAAACUCGCACAAUGUUUCUUUUAAAGAAACCUCAGAUAUUUGUGGUGGCUCUUUCAUAUAGCUACCAAAAAAUAGGCAUCCUUCAGGUCUGUAUUGACCAUUAAGUCUCCUUUUCUUAACAUAACCCUAAAAAUGUGAAUGCCCUUUAUUUUGAAAUGUUCGUAAUGGAUGUGCAGAUUGAUAGGGUGGUGGUUUUCCACAGGCCUCUAGGCACCCCCUGUUUGGGAACCGAAAAUUGGGUGCUUGCAAACCCUUGCUGUGUCUCCUCUGGGUGGACCAAUUGAAUAGCCUCUUUCUAAAUGAUUCACUAAAUUUCUAGUUGUACAAUAUCUUUUCUCUUUUUUGUGUGAGUGUUUGUUAGGGGAAGAGAGAAUUAGUGUGGGUGCGCAAGAAAUCCAGAUGAUCUCCCUCAACAGCCUCCAAAACCCAAGGGUCUUUGGUGAUUGCGACCCUGUUGGAUAUACAAUGUUUCAGGCGACCUGCUAGAGGAAGAUGACUUAUGACUGUCACGAUUCAAUGUAAAAUCAUACCUGGUAAUAGGUGCGGAGGUCUUCCUUUUGGGUGGCUGGAGGAGCUUGCUGUAGCCCCCUUCUGGCACCCCUUCCUUGGAUCCUGAAUGAAAGAUGAAACUGAUUGACUGGUACCACCCCAACGGUCCCCUCAUCUUUUGAAAGAGGUGAUGCAGCCUCGCAAAACCUGAGUAGUUUGGGAGCGGUUCACCACAGAAGCAGCUUGAAGCAAAAUUCUUGCUGUUUGUGAUCUGGUUUGAAUUGUGGCCUCGGUCCAUCGCCGAAAAAGGUUUUUGUCAGUCUGCGGAAAUUCUUGUGAGGCAAGAGGUGACAGAGUUCCCUUUGAAUUGGGGUUGUUUAGGACAGCUUCACGUCUCUCAGAAGAAGUGCAGAGGCAUUACCUAGUGUAUGAAUGGCAUUAGAUGGAGUUGCUCUUGGAUCCUUCACCUGCUCACAACUAAGGAUUACAUUCUUGGCUGAUUUGGCUUCGGCAAGGAGACCGUAAAUACGCUCAAAUAACAUAGUUACCGGACCAAAUGUGAUCGAGACACGGUCCUGCAUAAAUCUCAUGCGCUUGUCGACAGUUUUAAUGCCAGGCACAAGACUAGGUAGAUAGUUCUCCUUGGUUAGAGUGUAAAGAGAGUCUAAUUUAGAGCGGGAAUACCUUUUAGUAACUGCUUUCUGCUCAAAAGGUGACAAGGGCUUUCCUAAGAAAGAAGAUAAUUCUUCAUUUGCUCGCCAGCGUAAACUUUGGCAAGGAUUAUGGUCUUCUUCCUCGUUCUCAUCGGAUGAAAAGGACCCACUCAGAAGCACCGGGCUCAAUAAGAAGAACAUCUUCCAAAAGGUUGUCAGCUCGUCUAGGCCUUUUAGUUGCCUGGGGUAUCGGUGUCAUAUUCUGAGUGAGCCUUUAUCGCUCUUUCAAAAGUCGUGUUAGAACUGAGAGCCUGGAUCGCUUCAUCGACUCUUUCUUAACUCAAUCGAUCGAAAGCUUGCCGAGGCAAAUUUAGCACCUCGGGAACGUUAAAAAUCUUCUGGACAAGGGAAACAUAGUGGACAUUACCUUCCUUGUCAAUCGCUUCAGCCUCUUGAGGCGGGAUGUAUGGCACCUCCAGCUGGAGGAUUUUCUUGAUCACGCGCAGCCAUACUCAUCUUCGGUUAUAGCGAAAUGAAAUGGCGAUGGGACUCACUGCUGCGAGGCUUUAUGUAUGGGAUAUUGUUUUUUAUUAUUCUAAUUAUGCAAGUUUGCUGUUAAUACAAAGUAAUAAUUGUUCUGGUUUCAGAGCGAAGUAAGGUUGGUUACACAUUGUUAUAUGAGGCUGCUGUUCUGAAGUGUAACUAAAACCUUUCGCGGUCACUUUAAAGGUCUUAAAACAACGGUAGUUACAAACAAGAAACGAUCUCAUAACCUUGUUGACUGCUGAGAUGAAACAUUUUUGGUCAUUGUUCUAAUAGUUUUCAUAUUUUUGUUUUAAUCGUUAUUUUGUGAUCUUGCAGUAUGAGAAUAUAUCCCCACCAGCAGGACACAGGUGGAUUUUUUAUUGCAGUUCUUGAAAAAAAGCAUGACGCACCUUGGGAAAAUGACAAAAGAUACAGCUUGAACCGGAGACUGCUGCCAUGGGAAAGUGAGGCCGACUGGCAGGUAACAAGAGCUUUGCAUUGCAACAUUUAUAAACUGUACAUUCUGUUAAAAAUCACAUCGAUUUGGAAGCUAGGUACUAAUUUAACGAAGUGUAUCAAUCCGUAUUCUCGCUUUUUUAUGGUCUUUUUUUCGAAACCAUAUAAAUGCCUUGUAAAAUGUCCUUAAAUGUACCUUACCUAGGCUAGCGGUCUGUGGUAAGUUUUGAUUUUUAUUUAAUUCCAAGAGGAGACGGUGACAAAUCCUGCAAUCUGAUUGGUUCUUGGCACGGUUUGGAUUUUCCUGUCCCUGCCCACAGUUCCUGUAAUGGCUUCCUUCACAAAAUUAGUCGUUGUUUGUGAAUGAGCGAAAGCUGUGGUUUUGUACAAUUUUCCUUUAAAACAUGGGCUAUUAUGAGCACUUGCAAAGAGAAAGUGAAUCGUAUUACUCAGAGAAAAUUUCCUACCAAAUUAAGCUAGUAAGCCGUGAAAAGCCUGAAUACAAUACAGAAAAAGGUUCACCGUGCAGUGAUUGUCGUAGCCUCCCAAGCAGAAGUGGGGAAGGAACAAGUGACGAAGCCCUAAGAACGCCUGCGGUGAUUGCCGCUGAGUUCCGAAAAUACCGGACGAGUUAGUUAAAGAGACUUCCGAAAAAGGAUUAGCAGCAAAGUGGAAAUCAGACGUGUAAAUGACCAUUAAAAUUGAUGAAAUCAAAAGGAGUACAAGGAGGGCGAUUACCAGUUGCCUCUCACGCAGACGUUUUUAGGGGAGUCUUACUUCCUGCCCUAAAAACGCCUGCGUGGGAAGCUAGGUUAUCGGCCUGGACCUCUUCUCGGAAGAGCCCCUGCGGUUCGAUUCUUGUAAGCGACCACUCAGUCUUUGCAUUUUGGGUGGUCGCUUACGGGAGGUUCGACUGUAUUAACUUUAUGAUCAGCUUUACUCUAUUUUGUAGCAUGAAAAAAGCUCGUUUGAAAUACAUUCAUUUCUUGUAGCGAAAAAAGGAGCAAAAUAGUAAAGAGACGAAAGAGUUGGUGGAGGAAGAGAACACUGCAAACAGUUCCGAAACUCAGGACAUGAUUGAUGAGAUGGAUUGUCACGAUGCUGAAAUGAACAGUGAGGCAUCAACUACAGAGGAAAACAUCGAGGAUGAUGCAAACAGCGAAGUUGUUGUUGAGUUAGUUAAAGGUCAUAAUGCUGAGCAGGAACCUGAAAGCAGAGGAGAAAAUGUUGGAAAAGAAAUAAAGAGCACUGGAAAAAGUGGUGGCAAAAAAGGCAGUGGGGAAUCAGACGUGUAAAUAACAACAUUGUAUUUACAUAUAAGUUUACCUACUGUUAAGGCACAAAGUCACUGUGGAAAAGACUCAAUUUUUCUCAUUCUGAAAUACAAACAAUGACAGGUGUUUAGUUACCUUCUCAGUCCAUGUGAUCGUAUUUAAAAUUCUGUGGGGCGUUGAAGAACCCACACACUUUUCGUAAAUGAGUAGUGGUGGUUAAUCUCAAUUCACAUUCGCACUAGGUGCGUUCAUAAUUAUUCAAUUUUUUAUUGUUGAUUGCACUUCAAGCAGUCUUGCUAAGUCCCCAACGCAAUCUUGAAAGCUCUGAGGAGAGUGGAUGAUAAGAUAUUUGCAAUUUACAAUAAUGCAAAGAAAGCGUGUUGAGCGCCCUUGGAAGUGGCUUUGUUUUAUAUUCUGCCAUUACUUAUAGGUAUUUCAACUACUAUCGCUGCUUCAACCUUUUCAGACAGUUUGGAUUACACUUCCUUCCUUCACUGUUUCAUAGGGUUCAACCUCCCAGAAAAAGGCCUAAGGUGGAAAAGAAAGGUUUUAAAGAGGAUCCCUUUGUAUUUCUCAAAGAUGAUGAUGAACACUGGCCUCUUAUAAAGUAAGUUUUCUUCUCUUUUUAAAUACUUUUAAGUGUUAACUUCAAGUCUCGAAACAAUCAAUAAACCGAUAGUGAUACAUUUGUAUCUACAAUAUUCCUCUUGGGACUCUAGUUGUUUUUCUACUUUGAAUUUUUGUGUUUCAUCACUUGAUGUACUUGUAACCCUCUUACAUGUUAAAGUACCCAUAACUUAUUAUCUUGCAGUAUAAAACUUUGGAAUGCUGUCCACAUUAUGAGUAGUAUAGGACGCAUAACGUAACCUACACCACUUGAGAAGCUAUACUUAGAAGUAGAAAAAGUUCCGCACGAAACCUAAUACAAUCCUAAUAUACAUAAUGAUAUGAUUCUCUCUACUUAAAAAGUCAGUUUAGAAUAGUAUUAAAUUCUUAUACUUUGUAAAACCUAUGCAAAGACAUGAUGAUAUAAUUAUCUCUACUAGAGGCCUAUUUAGAACAUUUUUCAGUUUUUAUACUCUCAUUUUCUCUUAUAAACCUACACGAGACCAUCAUAAUGUGGUUAUCUCUACUAAAAGCCUAUUUAGAAUAAUAUCAAACUCUUAUACUCUAUAAAAUCUACGUAAAAACAUUCAGUAAAAUACAGGUUUUGUGACACUUGUGUUUCUGGAUUUCUGGAGAAGAAAAAACUUAAAAGCUGGUGUCCUUAGCGCCCUAACUAAGUAUUUAUGUUAAAUGUUCUGGCAAUGUUCAAAGUGUUUGAGAUGACCGACUUCUGCGUCCGCUCCUAGUAGCUUCCUCACCCACUUCUCUAGGUGUUUAGAGUAACCACCCAGUACUUCAACUAUAACGUUGUACUGUUCAACCCUGUAACCACUGUAUCUCCGCUUAAACUCCCACAUCAUGGGUCCAUUCUUAAGUGAUUUUUCCUCAUUUUUCUUGGCUCUACUCUCAAUCCAUGGGCAGCUUAUUUAAGUGGCAGAUUUCUUUCCUCUCGUGGCUGACAAGUCGCGCGUCGAUCCGAUUUGCUCUAGCGUCGUUGUGCUCUGCAUAGAUGGGAAUAUCCCAAAACGCCUCACUCGUGGUGUUCUGGUAGGCUGGUUUUGGCAUCACCAGUGAGUACCAUGGUGGAACCUCUUGUAGCAACCCAUGCCCUCGCAGGAGCUCAAAAAACAAAAUCUUCAAAGCUGCAUUAUGCCUGUAUAGGUGCUUGGUUUUUGCCAAGGGGAACAUCCAGCCAGUACAUGUGCAAUGCUCUCAGCUACCUUCACACAUAACCUGCAGAGGACUUCGCCGUCGGUCGAGGUUUGCGUCUUCUCCUUGGUUUAGAGCUUCGUAGGUAAUAACUGCUCAUACAGUUCACACAUUCCCGCGAGGGUGUAUGUAGGGCAUGUAGCCCAACCUCUUAACCGUGCAAAGCAGCUGGUUAUGCUUAGGCUCUUAUCUUCCUAUCUGAUACUGAAUGACUUUCCUUGCCACUUUUUGUCUUUAGCGAUCUCCAAGAACUGCAGCUCUUGAGAUUUCUUCAACAGAUUCCCAGCUCUUGCCGCAGUCACCACCUUUCCUUCCGUUGUAACACACGCGGGAUUUAGGGCAUCUAGCGGAAGUGUAAGGUUGAGUUCCUCAGCGUACUUAGCUGCUUCCCUCACAAGCGACUAGUGGCCUGAUGCCAUGGCGUGUUCUUCAAAUUCUCUAACUGCUUCCACAGUGUGGUCCGAAUUCUGAUACAAUUUUAGUAGCGACUUGAUUUUAGUGAGCUUGUACUCCUGUUCGACUGAUCGCAGGCCUCUACCCCCUUUCUCCCUCGUUAGAUUUAACAAAAAAGUUAGGCUAGCUGGGUGCUUGCCACCUUUCUCAACUAUGAUCUUCCGAGCUGUUCUGUCCACAUCUCUUAACUCUGAUAGAGGCCAAUGCUGUGUCCACAUUAAGCACCUUAGCACCGGGAGUGCAUACUGAUUAGUUGCCUGUACACGGUUACAGUCAGACAGGGGACUGGACCAUGUAAUAGAUAUCCUGCGCAGAUACUCUUUAGCCGCACACGCCAGGGCUAGCCGUUCAUCCUGUCGAACGUUCUCUAGCACCCCCAGGAAUUUGUAGUGUUUUCUUUCCCCAAGGGCAGUGAUGGUGGUUGUCUCGUCCAUCUUCAUACCAGACUUUUCUAGCACUUGGGCUCCCCUCUUCACGUGUACAACUGAGCACUUUUUCUGAUUCCAGUAAAGGCCGAUAUCCUGCAUCUCUCCUCUAGAUUCUUUCAGCACUCGGUUCAGCUUUCUCUCUGAGGCAGCAAAAACCUUCAGGUCGUCGAUAUACAGGAGAUCGGCGACUUUGACUUCUGUAGGCUUGAAUAACCGCUAUCCCUCCGUUGCCCGUAGGCGCGACGCCACUGGCUUCAGACACCAUGUAAACAAUCUAGGACAUAAAGCGUCCCCCUGGGGUAGUCCCUUCACGAACGUUAUUUUUCUGGAAGUCUCUCGCCCUUGCCUUGUUGUAGCUACUACUCUAGUAUUCCAGCUCCCACACAGCUUACGUAUAACCUCACCCAGCCAGACGGGAAGCCUGUGUACUUCGGACAGGUCGCAUAGCCAAUCAUGGUCGACGGAGGCGUAGGCUUUGUGCACGUCAAUACAUCCCAUGCUUAAAUUCCGUUUGCCUCUCUGGCAAUCCAGCAUUACUGCUAUAUUGAGGUACACCAUGAUUUCGCUCCUCUUUGCUGGCCUUCCAUCAGGCCAUAAUAAUCAAAGUGUUGGUCCAUGGGUGCCAGGAGGCAAGAUGUAAACCACUUAUACAUGUUAUUCAGACAAGUAAUAGGUCUUUGAUUUUCACUCAGGAACUCGCCUUCUAUCGGUAUGAGAGAGGUUUUACCUUAAGAAAGCCAAUCGGGGUAUUCUUCGUUGCUCUUAAAAACGUCUUUGAAGCUCUCGACCACACUCUUGUGCAGGGCACCAGCACGUUUCCACCAAACGUUAGUGAUUUUAUCAUUAUCAUUACUAUUAUUAUUAUUAUAAAUCUUUAUUCAAUACUCAUAAAAAAGACCUAUGUACAGUGCUCCACUUAAAAAGAAUUAAAACGAAAUUUGUACCUUCACAUCUGUUAGAAAGAAAUGAAAAGAUCAUGUCUCCUUGUCUCUUGAAAUAUAAUCCACGAAAAUGUUUCUUUACUAAUUAUUAUUAGUAUUACUAUUAGCAGUCACUACCAAUAUUAAACAUCUUUUCACUAAUUCCUCUUUAAAAUCUGCCACGAUUUUAACAUGAACCACUAGCGACCUCCACUUCGGUGAAUAAUUGUUAUAUAAUUAUCAAUAUAAUGAUUAUUGAAAGUGAGGAAUGAUCAUCGCCGUAAAUUUUCCGAUUUAAGCAAUUGGAAAGAAGAAGCCUCACGGGAGAUAUGAACUCAAUAAAUUGACCUCGCUCCCAAUGUGUGGCUUCAUAGCUCAGUUGGUAGAGCAACGCACCGGCAACGCGGAGGUCACGGCUUCGAAUCCCGUUGAAGCCCUGAUUUUUUCAGGCUUCUUCUUUCCAAUUGCUUAAAUUAGAAAAUUUACUGCGAUGAUCAUUCCUCACUUUCAUCUACAACCGCAGUUCAAAAAUGAAUUAUUUCAUAUAUACUUCACAUAAUGAUUAUUAUUACGAUUACUAUGAUUGUUAUGAUGAUGAUGAUGAUGCUGAUUAUCAUUUUGUUAUUAUUAAAUAUUAUUAUUAUUAUUAUUAUUACAUAUUGUUAUUAUUAUUAUUAAAACAUUACAUGGCGUAAAAAUUGUUUUCUUGUUCCAUAUGGAAAACCGGAAGGGAGAUAACAAGGCACAUUCAUGACUGGAACAAUGGGACUGAGAUGCAGCAGCAGUUGGUCUUCAAAAACUAAGCAAAAAAUCAAAGCCAAAAGAUCCUCAAGAAUGUCCUGCAAGGCGAUUAGAACUGUGGAAAGAGGGAGAAAUUGACACUCUUCUGCGAGAGGGGCGAAUGAUACAAAGGCACCUUGAUAGAUCUCGGAAAGCGGAUCCACCGAAUAACGCAAAGAUCUUCGCUGAUGGAAAGUCAAAUACACUCAGCUUUACGCUAUCUGAGCGAAGAGGAUUGUGGGGGCGUAUUACCAUUAACGAAGCAAGUCAUGGAACAACUUGCGGAUAAACAUCCAGAGGCACAACAAGCUUAAUUGGGCUCUGUGUUAUUCGGGCCAGUGGAAGAUGUUCCGGCCAUCCUAUAUCAGCAAAUAAACGGAGAGAUGGCGCGAGAAGCACCCGUUAAGAACUCAAGUUUCUUGUGGGCCCUCGGGCGUGGAUGCGAACGGGUUCAAGAGAAUG